ACCAGUAUGGACCAGUAUAAACCAGUAUGGACCAGUAUGGGACCAGUAUGGACCAGUAUGGACCAGUAUGGGACCAGUAUGGACCACUAUAAACCAGUAUGGACCAGUAUAAACCAUAUGGGACCAGUAUGGGACCAGUAUGGACCAGUAUAAACCAGUAUGGACCAGUAUAAACCAGUAUGGACCAGUAUGGGACCAGUAUGGACCAGUAGGGGACCAGUAUGGACCAGUAUGGACCACUACAAAUCAUUAUGGACCAGUAUAAACCAGUAUGGACCAGUACAAAUCAUUAUGGACCAGUAUGGAACCAGUAUGGACCAGUAUGGGACCAGUAUGGACCAGUAUGGACCAGUAUAAACCAGUAUGGACCAGUAUGGACCAGUAUAAACCAGUAUGGACCUGUAUGGACCUGUAUGGACCAGUAUGGGACCAGUAUGGACCAGUACAAACCAUUAUGGACCAGUAUAAACCAGUAUGGACCAGUAUGGACCAGUAUAAACCAGUAUGGACCUUAUAGACCAGUAUGGGACCAGUAUAAACCAGUAUGGACCAGUAUGGACCAGUAUAAACCAGUAUGGACCAGUAUAAACCAGUAUGGACCAAGAUGGACCAGUAUGGGACCAGUAUGGACCAGUAUAAACCAGUAUGGACCAGUAUGGACCAGUAUGGACCAGUAUGGACCAGUAUAAACCAGUAUGGACCAGUACAAAUCAAUAUGGACCAGUAUAAACCAGUAUGGACCAGUAUAAACCAGUAUAAACCACUAUGGACCAGUAUAAACCAGUAUGGACCAGUAUGGACCAGUAUAAACCAGUAUGGACCAGUAUAAACCAGUAUGGACCAGUAUGGACCAGUAUAAACCAGUAUGGGACAAGUAUAAACCAGUAUGGACCAGUAUAAACCAGUAUAAACCAGUAUGGACCAGUAUAGACCAGUAUGGACCAGUAUGGGACCAGUAUAAACCAGUAUGGACCAGUAUAAACCAGUAUGGACCAGUAUGGACCAGUAUGGACCAGUACAAAUCAUUAUGGACCAGUAUAAACCAGUAUGGACCAGUAUGGAACCAGUAUGGACCAGUAUAAACCAGUAUAAACCAGUAUGGACCAGUAUGGACCAGUAUGGGACCAGUAUAAACCAGUAUGGACCAGUAUGGACCAGUAUGGACCA